AUGCGUGUAGCUUCAGUCGCACUGCCUCUGGCAGGCCUUGCUGUGUCGGCUGCCGCUAGUUCUAGCAGCGUUGGGUGCAAUGCACUGAAGGGGCCGGUGGCCAACUCGUUGUUCUUCACCGGUAGCACGGUCUAUCAGUAUGAGACUAAAAACUUCUGGUCGAACACCGAGCUUAUGGCUCCUGGUUGUGUGUUCCGUCCCCAGUCCAGCAGUCAGUUGGCCAAGGGUUUGACUGCUCUCGUCGACGCUGAGGCUAAGUUUGCGGUUCGUGGUGGCGGCCACAUGGGGAUCCGAGGCUCUAACAACAUCGAUAACGGUGUUUUGGUCGUCAUGUCAAACCUGACUACCCUAGAACUGAACAAGGACAAGUCCGUGCUGUCGCUUGGUCCCGGUUACCGAUGGGGCGAUGUCUAUGAGUAUCUCUCUACCUACGACCUCACCGUUCCAGGUGGUCGUCUCGGCCCCGUUGGUGUGCCUGGUCUGCUCCUUGCUGGCGGUGUCAACUUCUACGGCAACCAGGUCGGCUUCGCUUGCAACAGUGUUAUCAACUACGAGGUUGUUCUGGCCAAUGGCACCGUUGUUCACGCAAACAAAACUUCCAACUCGGAUCUGUUCUGGGCUCUGAAGGGUGGUAGCAGCAACUUUGGUAUCGUGACCCGCUUUGACAUUGAGACUAUCAAGUCGCCCAUGGUCUGGGCUGGUGCCCAUACCGUCGAGGCCCAAUACGUGGACCAGUUCCUUGCUGCUAUCGCUCAAUAUGCGGCCAACAUUUCUGACCCCAAGACUCACAUCGUGCCCGCUCUGGUCCCUGGAGACUCGACUCUGGCCUCGGCGAUCCUGUUCUACGACAGUGACAGCCUCAGCUUCCCUGACAUCUUGAAGAUUUUCACCGAUAUUCCUUCUGUGAGCAGCACCGUCGGCUUCAAGACCGUUGCCGAGUUUGCCGCUGAGCUGGGUGAGAUGGUUGUGCCCGGCAUCAACGACGUGUUCGUUGCCGGAACCGUCAAGGGAACUACCUAUGAGGAGCUCUACCAGGGUAUCAGCAUCAUCAACACUACCUUCUUCAACGAGCUCCCCAAGCUGUACAAGCAGAUCCCCAGCGCCAACAUCUCCACCAUCCAGCUGGACUGGCAGCCCAUCGGCGCUGACUGGAUCAAGGCCUCUAACGCUCGCGGCGGUAACGCCCUGGGACUGGACGCUUCUCAGGUCUACCUCUGCUACGCUGAGGUUGUGGAGUGGAUCGGCUCGGCCUAUGAUGAUAUCGUUGCCCAGUGGGUGGAGGAUACUACCUAUGCUAUCAACAAUGCUACCCAGAAGGCUGGCCUCUAUGAUGCUUUCAACUACAUGGGUGAUGCUGCUGGUUUCCAGUCGAUCUUCCCCGGUUACGGUGCCACCAACCAGAAGCGUCUGAUCAACAUCGCGGAGAAGUACGACCCUGAGCGUGUCUUCCAGACCUUGAUGCCUGGUGGCUUCAAGGUUUACUAA